AUGGGCACGAUGAUGGAAACGGAGUCGGUUAAGUCGGAACCGGGCAGCAAAAGCAGACGUUCGCGCACAACCCAAAAUCACCAGCAGCAGCACCAGCAACAGCACAGUACACUCGGUUCCCACCGGACGCGUCAUUCGCAUCGAAACAGCAGCAAUAAUCAUUCCCGCAGCGGUAACAACAAGCGCCCCGAUAUGGCACCGUUUCAAACGAGCGUCAACCUCGGUGACGAUGGCCGUGAUGGGCAGGAGAUCAUCGAGGUGUCGAUCCUGCCACAGGACGAAACGUGGGGUGACAACACAACCGCCAUCACGGGCAACACCUCCGAGCAAAGCAUCUCGAUGGAGGACGUCAGCUACUUCCAGAUGGCGGAUGAUCGUGGCGUUGGGUUCGCUUGUCAGCGGUACCUGGAGCGCGGGUUGGCCGUGUUGCUCUGUGCGGUCGCAUUCGCCGGUCCGCUGGCCAUGGUCGUCCUACCGCGGCUUGGCUUUUUCCCGUCCGCCUUCGAAAGUUUAGACCUCACCCAGAACGAACGUUUGCGCCUGCUGGCCUGCAACGCAGAGUGCAAAGGUAUGCUAGUGUCGCUGGCCGCCCGGUUGUUGCUGCUGGCGAUCGGACUAUGGGCACUGUUUCUUCGCCAGCCGGCCGCCAUCAUGCCGCGCAUCUUUCUGUUUCGUUCGUGCGCGUUACUGCUCGUGUUGAUCUCUUCCUUUGCGUACUGGCUGUUCUACAUCGUGCAGGUGACGGAGGGAGCCCGCGCGAUCGUGUCCGGUUCGUCGGUGGUCGACUACAAAACGUUGGUCGCGUACGCUACCAGUUACUGUGACACGCUACUGUUCGUGCACUAUGUGGCGGUUGUGCUGCUGGAGAUACGACACCUUCAGCCGCUGUACCACGUGAAGGUGAUCCGCAGCCCGGACGGGGAGUCGCACAGUUACAGCAUCGGGCAGCUAAGCAUUCAGCGAGCCGCCGUAUGGGUGCUGCAGCGGUACUACACCGAGUUCAGCAUCUACAACCCGUACCUCGAACGGUUACCGGUGUCGAAGGCCCAGCGAAAGGCGGCCGCCGUAUCGUCGUUCAAGUACUACGACGUGGACGGUGCAACACCGGCCCAACAGCAGAGCCAAUCGCGUGCCGUGCUGGCGGCCCAUGCACGGCGCCGUGAUUCCUCCCACAACGAACGUUUCUACGAGGAGCACGAGUACGAGCGGCGGGUGAAAAAGCGCCGUGCGCGACUUGUAACAGCGGCCGAGGAAGCCUUUACGCACAUCAAACGCAUGCAGCAACCGUCCGGUUCGCAACAGCACGAGCAGCAGGGCGACGGAGGAACCGCACCACCCGCCAUACCGCUCGAUCCGCAGGAAGCGGCCCAAGCAAUCUUUCCUUCGAUGGCGCGGGCACUGCAGAAGUAUCUGCGCGUCACCCGACAACAGCCGCGCCACACGGUCGAAUCGAUCCUGAAGCAUUUGGCGCACUGUCUCAAGCACGAUAUGUCACCGCGUGCCUUCCUGGAGCCGUACCUCGUCGAGGCGCCGGUACUGCAGAACGAUAAGGAGCGCCGUACGAACCACAACUGGUCGCUGAUCUGUGACGAGCUGCUGUCCCGGCCACUCUCCGACGGCUGCACCUUCCAGCUGAUCCAGAACGACGUGUCGCUCACGGUGUCGAUCCACCGGAUACCGCACUUUACCGUCAGCGAGGAGGUGGUCGACCCGAAGUCGAACAAGUUCGUGCUGAAGCUAAACUCGGAGACGAGUGUGUGA